CUACAACACCUGCCUGAAGAGACAGACGCACACAACACAGCCACACAACACGUCCACGCCCAGUGAGUGCAUCUAUCUGGCUUCCUGACGUACCUGCCAACUCCGGCAGCACAGCACCACUGUCUGUCGUUUGGUAUGCGACCUACUUGCCUCGUCCGGCCGAACCUGCAUGAGGGGAAGUGAAAGAGAGGACAGGAUGGGAUUGUCCUGUGUUGCGUUGCGGCUGUGUGUCGUGUGUACCUUGCGUGGCGGGAUAAAUGGACGAGUAGCUCCCAGUCAAUCAUCUGACAACGCGCACAUGCACAUGCAUGUGAAAGCGGAACGCUCACACACCUGACCUGCACGCCGUGUCUCACCUUGCCAUCUGACGUCGUGUGGCGGUCUCAUUGCCACUGCCGCCGUGCCACUGCUGUGCUCCUCUCACAACACCCUUGACACUGAUCAGCACCACCUAAGCAGCACAGAAUCCGGUCACAUGCACACCUGCCACCUUGUUCAGAUGCUCUCUGCCGUGCACAUGCACCAUUCAGCUACCUUGAAGUCGUGUGGGGUGUUCACGCUGCCCUGACAGCGAAAGAGAGAAAAUGCGGAGGGGCGGCAU